AUGCCACCCGGAUAUGGAGAAUUAUCAUCGUACGGAGCUUUAUGGGAUCAUCACAUAGCAGCAGGUUAUCCUCCUAUGACACUAGCCAGUGAAAUUUGGUCGAGCGGACACGGAAAUGUUUUACAACAAAGGUUUUCAUCUCAAAGAGUGUCGAACAAUCAAGUUAAUCAAAGUGGUAGUAUGAACAUAAACGGUACUCCGGUACCGAAUAAAAAACCGAGGAGGAGAGUAGCGACGUUGGCACAAAGAAGAGCUGCCAACAUAAGGGAAAGAAGAAGAAUGUUUAAUUUAAACGAAGCUUUCGAUAAACUUCGUAGAAAGGUACCAACUUUUGCUUACGAAAAAAGAUUAUCUAGAAUAGAAACGUUGAGAUUGGCAAUUACUUACAUAAGUUUUAUGGCCGAAUUAUUAGAUGGCGGUCCUAAAAAUGGACGAAUAGAUUCUCCCAUUUGUCAUUUUACAAAUCCCAGAUCCGAUUUUCUACCUUAUUCUCUUAUACAAAAUUAA